AGGGGUUUUCAUCGUUUCAUUAUCAUUUGUGGUUGCCCAACAGAAAUUGGGACGUGGUCGUUCUAAAAGGUAUGACCGCUGAAUUGCAAAUGUGCUGCAUGACUGCACUUGUCCAACUCUCACUUCGCUGAUCUCCCGUUAACGGGUCGCAUGAACUUCCGAUACUCGUUUAAACAUAUAUGUGCAGAGUGUAUUCAUAGAGCCCGAGGUAGCAGCAACGCAAAACUAUCGCUCAUCCGUUGCACGCCAGUAGAUUGGUACGAUUACCCUUUGUUUUCGUGUGGUUCACACACUUAUUGACUUCCUCUGAAUAGCUACAAAGCAGCAGAGUGGACUCUGUCUUUCCUUUUCCAUUCAUAAUUGCACAACGUUGGCAUCAAACUAGAAAAAAUAAUAAUACAUUCUUCCUGCUGACUUUGGUGCAAGUAGUUGCAUCUUUUCUUUCCGCCUCGUUUGCGCACAGAAGUGUUUGUGCGUGUGUGACAGAGGAACACGCAGUGGCGUGUCGGUUGUAUGGAGUUUCCCGUCUACGUGGCUGCCGACUGCCACGGAGAGAAAAUAAACGUUGCCGUACGGUACAAUCCGCGCACCGAAACGCUGGUGCACCUCUUCGCCAAUGCGGAAACUGCCUUUGCGCUCUUCACGAUGCAGUAUGCGCACGAAGAGCCACUGCAACCUUUUGCGUUCGCCUACGCGUACAGCGAUGUGCAGUGCCAAUGGAAUCUGUUAGAAGGCCGAGACCAGCUGUCACCGUGCUGUCAGGUCUACGUCUUUCGCUGCGGUGGUCAGGAGUCGGUAGAUGCCAUUCCCGAGCCGAUUAAUCUUGUUCUGCGGCGGCCCGAGUCUGUUUCGCGAAGAGGUUCCUCACCGCGGGUUGGUCUGGCUUCCUCCGUGUCCCCUCCGCGUCUCUUUAGUGAUCGAUGGGUCUUGCCUCGCGAAGAACAGGGUGGGCACAACGGUAAGGUGGAAGAUGUGGAAGCAUCACCCGCUGCCGCUGUCGCUGCAACGGCACCCUUCCCGAUCAACGCCAAUGAAGGUCAACGCAGGAGUGGUGGCCGACAGGUGCAUGAAGUAAAGUACGCACCGUCGACGUACGCGAGUGGUGUACGCCAUUCGUUUCUUUCCGCUCCCGCACGGACAGCGGCUGCGGAAGCCGCGUCCUUCGGCGCAGUGCAGUCGCAUCGCUUCCGUCUGCAGCUUGUGUCCCCUCCCAUUGACUCGGCGAUCCGUAUCUCUAAAGGCGAACCUGCGUUCCACAUUGCUGUCCGCAAUAGCACACAUCCGCCUUCUCUAGCCUACAACGAGGAAAACCCUGGCAGCUACAGCUCGGCAGCCGACCCGGCCGUGCUUACCACGGCAGCUUCAUCCACGCGUGGUGAAACAGCAGGGAUACCGCCUGCGUGGUACAACCCCGCGUCUGCCGUUGUUCUUUCUACUCCUGUGGUGAGCUCGUCGAGUACGCGUCAUCGCUACCUUUCGCCGGGCCCCACCACGCCUUCAUCGGUAGGCCAAUACCGCUCCUCGACGCACUAUGGUCGAGAUCAUCACUAUGCCCCAUGGCCUUCGCACUCGCCAGUGGCGAACAGUACAUCUGCCCACUCGUGGCGAUCUCCUUUUCCACAGGUUGUCCUUUCUGCGCCACCACCACCACCACCGCCAACACCGCCAACAUCGCCACAAAAGCGCCUUGGACCACCUCCGCUUCACCCUCCCUCGUAUUCCAAUCAUAACCGCUAUCGGCGAGGAAGCAGUAUUUUGCGAGAGGAGCGCGAUCGUGUGGAGGAGCGAAUGCACAUGAGCAUGGAAGACUUGCGCGCAAGCCUGCAAGCGGAGGAUCGAGGGUACGAGCGUUCGAGAAGCUCGUCGCAGAACUAUCGUAAGUGA